AUGAUUAUUAAAAACUUACUACUUCAAUUACCCUUACUUUCCCUUCUUUUUUUGUUUCUUUUGAAUUUUACUUUUGCCGAUGACAAAAAUUUAUUUCAAACAAAAAAUGAUAAUAAACCAAGUAAUUAUUCAAAAUCGCCUGUAGAAGUUGCAUUAUGUGAGGGUUCAGCAAGUGCUUUCUUUGUCAGCGAUAAUAUAAAUAUUCAAGAGAAUAUAAAACCUUCCUCAAUAAUUAGAGGAAUUAAUGAACAACAAUGUAUUGAAUUUUGUAAAAAUAAUAGAGAUCAGAAUGGACGGACAUUACUUUGUUCUCUCCUCAUUUAUCGAAGUGAAGUCCAGGAAUGUCGUUUAUUUAGACACACAACAUUUCCAGACGGAGAAUUAUUUAGGCAAUCAUUGGAGGGUUAUCGUUUAAUCGAAAAGUUUUGCUUAUCAGAAGAUGUUUCAAUGGAAUGUGCUUCCAAACAAUUUAUUAGAGUAGAUAAUUAUAUAUUGAGGGGGUAUGCACAAUCAACAACAACAGUCCCAACAUUGGCUGAAUGUGUUAGUGAAUGUAUGAAGGAAAAAGAAUUUAAUUGUUUGUCGGCAAUGUAUUUUUACGAGGAAGGGGAAUGUAUUACAAAUACGGAAUCUGCAAUAACUGCUCCUGAUGAUUUUCAGCCACCUGAGGAAGAUGACCAAAAAGUUGUUUUCUUUCAUAAUGCUUGUAGUAAAGGAAAUGAUCAUCAAUUAGAAUUAGCACAAUCACAAGAUUCUGCAAUAACAAGUACAUCUGCAUUAAUACAACAAGAUGAAAUUACAACAAAAGGUGUAGUUAGUAAAUUUAAAAAUAAUUUAAUUGAAAUUUUAGAUUUAAUAUUUACUUCUUCUACUUCUUCUACUUCCUCCUCCCCAACUACUUCCUCCUCUUCUCCAACAUUAUUAACUACAACUUCUUUACCUUUAUCUAGUACAGAAGAAAAUAAAAAUAAUUUAUUUAUUCAAGAAAAUAAUAAAAAUGAGGAACAAAAUAAUAUUUUAAUCCCCGAAAUAAAUACUGUAAGAACAACAAAAAUAUCAGAAGAAUCAGAAAAACAAAAAGAAGAAUUAAAUAAUCAGAAGAAUUCUUUUUCAGAAAAUAAAAAUAAAUUAACCAAUUCUUCUUCUGUUUUUGUUUUACCAGAAGAAGAGAACAAUAAUCAACAAAAACAACAACAAAUAUUAAUACCCAAAGUUUAUUUACCUCAAAAAGAAGAAAAUAAUAAUUUAGAACAAAAUGAUAAUAAUUUAAUUAUUCAACAACAACAACCUUUACAAAGACAAUAUGGAGCUAAAAAUAUUGAACGUGCCUCAGACGGUUCUUUUCAAGAAAAAAUUCUCAUAAAUUCUUCUGAUGAUUUGCUACCACUAUCUAAAUCAAAUAAUUUAAUUAAACCAACAAAUUUAAACAGAAAAGGGCCAGAAUCAACAAAAAGAUUACAUUUAAAAUUAAUUAAAGAUCAACAACCAAAACCAGAUUUAAAUAAAAUUAUUUUUUCUCCUUCUUCAACAACAAUACCAACAAUUUCCAAUACUUUACCUCCAAAAAUUCACAAAUUAAUUCCAAAAAAUUAUAUUCAACAAUCAUUACCUUUAAUUUAUUCUUCUUCUCCCCCUUCUACUCCCCCUCCUCCACCUCCCCCUCCUUCUACAACAACACCUCCAUUAAUUCCUUCAACAAUAAAAGAACAAAAACAGCCGGAAUUUAUUCCUUUAGAAUUAUCAGAACCUUUAGCAGAACAUUCUGCUGAAGAACGUUUUGAAGGUUCUGAAGGGUAUUUUAGUCUUUGGGGGCCGUGGACGCCUUGCAAUAUUCCUGGAGAAAGAAGAAUUAGAAGACGGAAAUGUUUAGAUUUAAGAAAAUGUAGAGGGUCUUUAACUCAAGUUGAUUAUUGUCCAACAAAUAUUGAUGAAGAACAAAAAAUUAAUGAAAAACAAAUUAAUGAAUUAUCAUUGCCUUCUCCUCCUCCUCCUUCUGAAAAUUUUAACAACAAAAAUAAUAAUGAAGAAGAGCCUAAACCUCCCGGAAUUACCCCUCCACCUUCACAUGAAAUGAUAGAAAAUAUUGACAAACAAAAGGAAUUAAUAUUAAAUAAACACCAAAAACAAUUUGGAAUAAAAAAUGAAAAUAAUUCGGAAAUUUGGUCUGCCUGGAAUGGAACUUGUCAACAUUUUGCAAGUAGUCAACCAUGCAAAGAUGGACAAGUUAUUGGUUUUGAAUCUCGUGAAUGUAUUGCUAAAGACCCCCUUUUUUGUAAAGGACCUUUCUUUAGGUAA